GGCGGGGUCCGGCGGCGGGCCGCACCCGAGCGGGGACCUGGGGCGCGGGCGCGGACACGUGCGCUUAUGCGGGGCGCUCGCUUCGGAAGAGCUGCAGGCAGGGAUUCCCACUCCUGGUGCUUCUGCAAGGCACGGCAAGGAGAGCCCCCAGACUUGGGUCUCCAGAACGCCACGGACAGGGCUACCCUGAUGGACACACACACAGCUUCCCUGGCACAGGUGACGGGUGGUAGCCAGGCUUCCUGCCGGGCUCCUUCAGUGGCCGAGCAAGGGGCUCAGAGUGCCAAGCCAACGCCAACGCAGGAGGCUUUGGAAGAAGAAGAGCCUUGCCAGGGAGAGAGAGUGCUGGGCCCAUUACAGGGGCCUCCCUGGGCCCUGGGGCUUCUGGACGGCUGUGGGAAUGAGGAGGCCGGAGACAGGCCCAGAGAUUCCCUGAAGAUACCAGUUGUUUCUGCGAAACCUGGAGGGCAGAGCGGUCUGGAUGGCAGAGUGUCCCCGUCAGAGGCCUCCCCAAACGCUCGCUCUGCCUCAAACAGGAGGGGCCCCCACAAAGGGCGGCCUUAUCAGUGUGGCACCUGUGACCGGAGCUUCAAAUGCUAUUCGGACGUGGUGAAGCACCAGAGCAUUCACUCCGGGGAGAAGCCGUACGCGUGCAGCGACUGCGGGAAGGCCUUCAUCCACAGCUCGCACGUGGUCCGGCACCAGCGCACCCACCACGGGGAGAAGCCCUACGUCUGCAAGGAGUGCGGGAGAGCCUUCAGCCAGAGCUUCAACCUUGUCCGGCACCAGCGAACUCACACGGGAGAGAAGCCGUACGGAUGUGCUGAGUGCGGCAAGUCCUUUGGUCAGCGGUCAGACGCCGCCAAGCACCAGAGGACACACACGGGCGAGAGGCCGUAUGCAUGCAGCGAGUGCGGGAAGGCCUUCCUGCAUAGCUCCAAUGUGGCCCGGCACCAGCGCACCCACCAUGGGGAGAGCCCCUACGAAUGUCAAGAGUGCGGCCAGGCCUUCAGCCAGAGCUCCAACCUCCUGCAGCACCGGCGAGUGCACACGGGUGAGAAGCCCUACGCCUGCCCCGAGUGCGGACGCGCCUUCAGCCGGAGCUCCUUCCUCAGCGAGCAUCGGCGCAUCCACACCGGAGAGAAGCCAUACGCCUGCGGGGAGUGUGGCCGCGCCUUCAGAGCCCUGUCGGGCUUCUUCCGGCACCGGCGGGUCCACACGGGGGAGAAGCCUUUCUACUGCACCAAGUGCGGCCGCGCCUUCCGCCUGAGCUCACACCUGAUCCAGCACCAGCGCGUCCACGGCACAGACUGAGCCUGCAAACGGGCCGGGAUGCGGUGGGUGCAGCACCCGUGAAACUGGCUGCGCCUGGAGGGCUGUGUCCUUCCUCCCACCUGCAUGAGGAGGACGAGCGAGCAGCCUGGCACUUCAAGUUCUCGCCCAUGGGGAAGCCCCUAGUGCGCCUGCUGCUCCCCGGCUGGCGGUCAGAGGAGAAAGAGUCCAAGGAAG